CUGGUUCAGCGGCUGACAGCUUGGGGGGAAGGUUAGCAAGUUUGAUGCACACAAAGUGUAAUGAACUGUCACCAGCAUUUCCAUUCAGCUGAUCUAAGGAAGAAGGUUCCCAUUUGGUUCAAUGGAUGAUGGCAUUUGGACAGAUGCCCAAAAAGGACUGGUACAGCGUUCUGGGGGCAGACCCAUCAGCAAGUGUGUCAGACCUAAAACAAAAGUACCAAAAGCUCAUAUUGAUGUAUCAUCCAGAUAAACAAAGUGCAGAUGUGCCAGCAGGAACAGUAGAGGAACGAAUACAGAAGUUCAUCGAAAUUGAUCAGGCAUGGAAAAUUCUAGGAAAUGAAGAGACAAAAAAAGAGUAUGAUCUGCAGCGGCAUGAAGAUGAUUUAGAAAACAUGGGACCUGUAGAUGCUCAAGUAUAUCUUGAAGAAAUGUCUUGGAAUGAAGAUGAUCUCUCUUUCUCUCUGAGUUGCCGAUGUGGUGGAACAUACAUUAUUUCCAAGGAUGAAGCAGAAGUUGUUUCCCUGAUUUCUUGUGAUACAUGUUCACUUAUUAUAGAAUUACUUCAUUAGAGCUGAAAAUAUUCACGAAAUGGAAAUCCUUAAAAAU